UCUCUGGAUGCCGCGACGGGCGACCGCGCGCCCUCUCGCCGAGAACUCCGCAUUCGAAUAUCGAAAAAAAUCGUUUCGAAAAUUUCUGUUGGUGUUGUGUGCGUGUGAGUGACUUUUAUGUGGAUUUUUAUGAUGGCCGUGAGUGUAGUGUUGUUCUAAAGGAAUCGCCGGUUCGUUCCAUGGAGCACCGCUUUGACCGCUCACAGGAUAACUUUUACCGCUCACCCAAAAUAGCAGUCCGCCGAUGUAAACACAAAGUCGAAAUGAGAUGAGUAUGCGUGUGGCGUGGGCCAGGUGGUACUGGAUCGUUAUAUUCACGACGUGCGCCGCGAGGACCGCCAGCGACUGGCUCGACUGCGCCCACAUCGCCACCUGCAAGUGCAAAUGGUCCUCCGGCAAGAAGACAGCGACGUGUGCCUCCAGUGACCUACGCCGCCCGCCAGCUCUCUCAUCCGACAUACAAGUCCUCGACCUACACGACAAUCCACUCAGAAACUUACCGCAGGAAGUUUUCGCCAGCAUCGGCCUCCUUAAUUUACAACGACUUAAUCUCCGAGCGACCAGCCUGAGAUCGAUACAUCCUGAUGCGUUCUUAGAAUUAAGGAUAUUAAUAGAAGUCGAUUUAGGAGACAACGAUCUGUCCCAUCUCCCAAGGGAUAUAUUCAGGGGCAACGAAAGAUUACGACUAGUUGUACUAAGCAACAAUCCUUUGACGACGCUCAUAGCGGAUCAGUUCCCACCUCUACCGCAUUUGCGAAUGCUUUUGUUAGACGGAUGCAGAUUAAGAUCGAUACACACGAAUGCUUUGAGGAAUUUGAAGUCUUUAGAGACCAUAGAUUUGCGUAGAAACCAGCUUACAUUCCUUCGUUUGAUAACAUUUUCUUUACCUGCAUUGAAAACGGUAUCUUUAUCCGGUAAUCCGUGGAGAUGUGAUUGUAGGCUAAGAGAAUUUAAGGACUGGUUUCUAGAGAGCAAAUUAGGUACAGAAGAUUUACUUUGCGUUGAACCAUCAACACAAGCUGGGAACAAGUGGCGACACGUCCCAAGUGAGAGUAUGUCGUGUCCGCCCGAAAUAAAAUCAAGUACGUUAGUGGUCAGAGCUGAAAUUGGAUUACCUACGUCAUUCGGGUGCUGGGUCCAUGGAGUACCAAAACCCAAAGUGACGUGGCUUUUUGAUGGUGUUGAUGUACAUAAUAGUUCAGUAGAUUGCGACAUGGAAGAGACGGAGACGAGUAUCGAUGACGACUCUGAAGAGAGAGUACCGGGUAGUGUAAGAUGGGUCAAUGUCACUCUUUUAAAUGUGACUGCAAGUGCAGCUGGGGAAUGGACAUGCGUAGCUAAAAGUAUAGCGGGUGAAGCACGGGCUAUUGUAAGUCUUGUUCUACCAAGGUCUCAAACAGCAACUGCUCGAACCGCACCUGGGAUUCCACAUUUGCUGGGUGUUGUUUUUGGAGCGCUGGGCAUACUAGCAACUCUUGGUUUUAUCGGCGCCGUAGCCUGCUGGCAUCUAAGGAGACGAACAGUUCCACCAAGCAGAAGUUUCACUGACCAAGAAAAACGACUCAUAGAUGCAUCAGUUGUCGUCAGUUGUGAUCGAUCUAUCGGUGAUAUGGCAUCACCCUGCGAUUUCGAAAUGACAGAACGAAUGUCAGAAGAGCCUCCUAGAGGUUGUGGCUUCGAUCCUGUUCAUAUAACUAUUGAAGGUACACCAGGUGCGUUUCCUCCACCACCAGCAGAAUUUGCGGUGCCAGUUCCAUAUGGAAACAUAUUCAUAUCUGUCCAAGUAGCCGGCCGAGGUGAGCCUGCGAAAUAUCCUGACCUUUUGAGUGGUGGUGCAACAUUGCCCCGGAGGAAUAGGACGUGUUGCGCUGCUCCGGCAUACGACAACAUGGGUCCUAGAGUGACAGCCACAGGGAGCUCGACCUGGUCAUUGCCUGGUGCUAGCACUGAGAACGUUGAAGUGUCAGAGACACCAGUAUUGACCCUGCCACCACCACCCCCUGAGUUCGUCUCACUUUAGCCCAGGCCUCUGGUACUGGACGCCUCAGCGCUGAGGUGACCUGGUACCAUCAAACCCGCAGUCAAUUAGACUAUUCCCCAAUUUUAUUGUACUUUAUGAUAAUUUUGAAGUGAUUAUUAAUUUAAAUGUAAAUAGUUAUUACGCUAAGACAUGGACGAUGUGUGACAUCUGUGAGGUAAAUACGUAAGAUUGUUAUCAAUAUUAAUAUUGUAAUAUUGCAUUUAAAGUGAACUUGUUGAUACGUUGGGUAAUGACAUGAGAGCGAUUAGUCUACCUGAUUUGUUCCCUAGAUAUUCUUUUUAUGUAUUUCGAGUAAGCGUCUUCCUAUACGUUGGAAUAUAUGGACAGAUUCUAUAAGCCAUAUUUGGCUGAAAGUUAUCAUUUUUUGGAAAUUGAUUAUUUCUUCGUUACUUGCGUGCUAUAUUAAUUUUAUAAUAGAGAACAACACAACAUUUGCGAAUGCACUUUUCUAAAUGUUUACCAGUUACCACUACAAGUUGCAAUUUAAUCUUUAAAUUAUUUUUCUACCAUUUUCAGUCCCAGUGCAAUAAAAUAUCUUUGUCAGAAACUCUGUUAAUUUUGCAGUAGUAUUCAAACAUUUGCGAGUUAAAAUGAAAUAGAAGCAGACAUCCAGUUGAAAGUCGCGUUACUGUCCAUUUAUUCCAGCAAAACUUUUGUACAUAAAGUAUUGUUUAUUAUACAAACUUCCCAAACAUAAGACUGACCCUUUUCUCUUGUUUUUCACCUCUUUAUAACUUUAACGUUAAUGCUGUGUACCACCUAGUCGGCCGAAUAGCUUCUAAAUAUUUUUUUCUUUGAAAGCAAAAAUAUCUAAUGUAAAGGAAAAUAAACCGAUCAAGUGAAA